AGGUCCCCACUGAAAGGGUUUUAGACCCUAUUCUUACAUUUCUUCCCAGAGGAGCUUUUUGGAUACUCUACCUGUAAAAUGUACAAUGGAACAGAUUUUCAAUUUAUCCUUCUGGGCUUCUCUGGAUUUCAAGACGAAGAGUCUAAAUCAGUCCUCUCUGCAUUCUUCUUUUCUGUCUAUGUUUUGAUUUUACUUGAAAAUGUUUUCAUUAUUAUUUUAAUUGUCACAAAUGAAAACCUUCAUAAACCCAUGUAUGUCUUUAUCUGCAAUUUAGCUCUUGCAGACCUAUUAAUUAUUACAGUGGUCAUUCCAAAAGCACUAGCAAACUUUAUGUUUAAUCUGAACACAAUUUCAUUUUCUGCAUGUUUUAUUCAGUCUUUCACCUACUUGUAUAGCAUUAGUGUCCAGCUGCAUAUUCUGGCAGCUAUGUGUUAUGACCGUAUGGUAGCAGUUUGUAACCCGUUACGAUAUGUCACAGUUAUGAGCAACAAAUUAGUGAACACACUGCUGUUAAUUUGUUGGACAGCGGCAUUGGUGUUUCCAUUGAUACUUAUGUGUUUUGCUCUCCGGCUGUCUUUUUGUGGACCAAACAAAAUUCCAAGCUACUACUGUAGCCAUGCUUCAAUAAUUAAAAUGUCUUGUACUGACUAUACUUUCAAUAGUGUUUUAGGUUUGGUGUUCGGUCUUGGUCUCAUAAUUGCUCACACUAUUAUUUUCAUUUUAUCAUAUGUUACAAUUAUAGCUGCUGUCCUAAAAGUAAAAAGUGCAGAUGGGUACAUGAAGGCCUUUUCAACGUGUGGGGCUCAUCUUUUUGUGGUGAUUACGACGCUGCUUUCUGCUGCAUUUGUUUAUAUCACUUCUCGACUACCUUGGUUUUCUGUGGAUGCUCGUUUCAUAGCUAAUACUGUUCAAAUUCUACUUUGUCCGAUGCUAAAUCCCAUUAUUUAUUCUCUGAUGACUAAAGAGAUUAUGAAAAGCAUAAAAAAAGUUAUUCAAAAAAAUAUCAUAAAACCUUUUCAAGAAUAAAAAGA